AUAAAAGAUAAACUAGCCCAAACCGUUGUGGAUAGGAUUCGGAGCUAGAGCCUCAAAAUCUGCUAUCAUCGGUUUUUAUAUCGAAUUUACGGUACAUUAUUUUAUUCACAUUGCUUAAGAAUAUAUUCAGUAACGUAAUCUAUAUGAGAUUUAUCAGCAGAAAGCAACGAGAGACGAAAAUAGUGCAUAUUUGUCUGCUGCCCGGAACCGCUGAAGCCGUUUGACCUAGCUAACGUUAGCUAGCAUUAGCAGUACAGACCGGGGCCCAGGUCAGCGACUCUCCCAGAUAACAGGGGAUUUUAGCUUCUCUGUCCUAGUUUUUUAGACACUUUUUUACGUGAUGGCUUGCGGGGCUACUCUGAAAAGGACUCUGGACUUCGAUCCACUUAUGAGCCAGGCUUCACCUAAAAGAAGGAGGUGCGCCCCGAUCAUGUCCCCAGUCUCUUCACCACAGAAAUACUUGCGUAUGGAGCCCUCGCCGUUUGGGGAAGUGUCGUCCAGACUCACCACAGAGCAAAUUCUACACAACAUCAAACAGGAGUACAAGCGUCUGCAGAAACGACGACACCUCGACAGUGCUUUUCAGCAUGCAGACAGCUGCUGUCCUCUGGACCUGCAGAAUGUCCACAGUGGAUCGGCCCUACCAGGUAGCUACCAUCUUAAUCAAGGUACAUCCUCAGGUGCCUCAUCUCCCACCAGAAAAGAGCAGCCUUUAUUUUCCCUCAGACAGGUUGGGAUGAUUUGUGAAAGACUGCUGAAAGAGCGGGAGGACAAAAUCCGUGAGGAGUAUGACGAGAUACUAACGACAAAGCUUGCAGAGCAAUAUGAUGCAUUUGUCAAGUUCACACAUGAUCAACUGAUGCGAAGGUUUGGAGAGCAGCCUGCCAGCUAUGUUUCCUGAGUGUCAGCGUCUGAUGUUGAGGACUAUAAUUUGCUCCAAGCUACUCCAGGGACUCGGUGGAUCCAGUUGGACUUUUCUCCUAGCUGUGCCAUAUCGCCUCUAUGUGGACUCAGUUUGUGGCGUUCACGUUUGCUGUGUCUACCAGAGUUAGGAUGGCUUCCUGCUGCCAAUCCGUUCAAGGACUCGCUGUGACUCUGACAGUGGCCUCUCAACUGCCGUGUCAAUAUUUAUUUGGCUUUGUUCUGAUGCCUUCGUAAAAGGCUGACUGCCACCACACACUUGGCCUUUUUUUGAUUUCAUUUUGUUUUUGUAAAUUUUUAGUUAUUUCACAGAGGGGAUGAUAACUGUGCAGCUUCUCUAUAUGUACAUUUUGAAAAAGGGAUUGAACUUUGACGAGUGGACAAACCAAGACCGCCUUCAGACUGGACUCCAGGAACAGGCAUCUUGGCUUUUUUCAACAUUGUUUUAACUUGUACUGGCAGUUACUGCUAUUACAUUUGUAUACACUGUAUUUUUAAAAUUUUUUUUUUUUGCUUGACUUUUGUUCAUUGUACCAAAAUAUCAUGAUUUUAUUUGCUGUAGGUAUAAAGGGGCUUUGAUUCAAGAAAAGCGAACAAAUAAAGUGUUUACACAAA